AUGGCGGCGGUAAAGAGUCGAACGAUGCCGGUGGGCUCCUCGCAAUGGAUCCAGAGCGAACGCGACCAGGCGGCGGAUAUGAUCGAGCAGGAGGUGGAGGAGUUCAGCUUCAGUGUGCGGAAUGAGCUGGAAUGGCUCAACGAGCAUAUGGCCGACAUUUUCUCCAACAAUGAGGUCAACUUCGCAGACAUGUUCAAAACUCCCGGCAAGCUGCGUGGAAAGACGCCCCGGACAGCUCGCAAGCUGAAUGCUCUUGCACCACGGCAACCGCUGACCGACAUCUUCGCGCCAAAUGCUCAGCCAGCGCCUGCCCCGCCGUCAGCACGAAAGAACGCGUUCUACGACAAAGUCGCGCAGUUUCAAGUACCCGAGCAUCAGGAGAAUCGGGUGCCGCUCAAAGCGCCAGUCAGUCGGGGUACCAGCCCUCAACGCGCCGGAAAACCAUAUACGGACUCUGGAUACCAUGGCAUGAUGACUGAGGAUGAGAUGGAGCUGGACAUGCUCACACAGACGGACACAAUUGCGACAUCAUCACAGUUUGGCGGGACGCAGAAAGUGCCUCUACGUGACGACCAGCCUCUGUCGCAGCGACUACGCCAUGCUAAGGGAGACGACACUGGAGCUAGCGACGACUCUUUCGUUUCCGCCAAGGAACAGAGAACCCAGGAAGUGGAGACGGCUCCCGCAGCGGACGAGGAGAUGGCUGAUGUGCCUGGUGACACCCAGCCGUGGACACAGGAGGAGAUUGCGCUCAUGGAAGAAGUGCACGAUGCGAAAGCUGGCCCAGAUCCCGAAGACGAGGCAAUGGACGAAGCUGAAGCUGAGACGCAGCCAGACAAUGAUAAGGAGAACGAUGUCGAUAUGGAUAUGGAGGACGCCAGCAACCACUCUGAUGCCUCCAGUCCUGAAAAACCGCUCAACCGAAAGAGCAGCUUCACGUUCUCCUCGCUGCCGGCCCGAGAGCCACUCACUGCGAAACGAAGUAUGGGUCACAUGGAUGCGCAUCGCAACAGUGUCUUCAACAAAUCUAUUGGUGCUAAGCAUGCCGAAAGUCAGAACGAGGAGCAAGCCGGGCCAGCAAGGGCGAUCGAUGCGCGAGCCCACAGCAAGACUACAGCACAGAUGCUUCACGACCGAAUCAAUCUGCUUGGAAAGACCAAGGAGCCGAGAGCCUCCAAGAGCAUUCCUUCCAUCGCGCUCGCAGCACAAACAGCAUAUCCUCAGCUUCCGGGUUCUGAGCAGCAUGAAGCCGCCACGAACAAGACCUUCGAGUUCCCUCAGAAAACACCCACUCUAGCCAACGCGCCAGUUGAGGAUGACGAUGAUGACUGGAUAGCGCCUACGAAGCCUGCGCAUGCACUAAACGAGAAAGCAUCCGAAGCAACGAUCACACAAACUAAACAGCAUAUAUCAUCGCCAGCGAGACCAACAAUACAUCAGAAAUCGAUUUCGACCACCAUCAUGCCAUCACCUACUCGUGAUGAUAUGGCUCCAGAGACUCGUCUUCAAAAGACCAUGUCCGUCUCGCACCCCAACCUCGCAGAAGCAUUAGAGUCCACCACCCCGAUGGGCUCUCCAGCUAGGAAAGGCAACGAUGGACCAUUGAGCGCGUCUAAGAGCAGACUUUGGUCAGCUUUGAAGUCGGCGAAGAACAUCUUCGCAUCCUCUGCCAGCACCAGUGCGGCCGCCAAGCUGGAGGCGCACAACAACUCGCCAGCAUUCUCUAGGUCGCCCACCCGAGAUCAUGGCGAGGAGUCUCACAAGCUGUUCAACAUGCCUGGCGCUAUUUGGUCCAAGACUGACGUGCUGGCCAGUCCGGUGAGAAACAACUCUGUGAUCUCUUUCAGCCCAAGCAGGAAGACGAGGCACUCCAACGAAAGCGACAGGAAACGCGAAAAGGAGAUCAAAGCGCAAGAGAAGGCUGCUGCCGAGCUUGAAAAGGCACGCGAGAAGGAGCGCCACAAGGCUGCUAAGCAACAGGCCGAGGAAAAGACCAAGGCUGAAAAGGUGGCAAAAGCAGAAGCUGCGAAGGCAGAGAAGGAAGAAAGGGAGAGGCUGCAGGCUGCAGCAAAAGCUGCUGCUGCUGAGCCUGAGCGUCCUGCGACUUCUGACAGUGACAAGGUGACGGACAGCGAGAUGCCACCACCUCCUCCACCAAAGUCUGGCAUGAUGGCUGCUGGAAAGCUGAGGGCUCCUGGUCGACUUAUGAGGCCUACCAAGGAAUCUGCGAAGGUGGCACCAGUCAACAUUCGCGUUGCUUCCCAAGCACAACGAGCUGCACAAGGCCCGGCUACACAGUCAUCCUUCUCAAAGUCGCAGUAUGGCGACCUGGCCUCAUCCACUGCCAGCAAUCCAAAUGGGCCGCGAGCAGGCUCUGCUCAAGGUCAUCGUCCCGGUGCCGCAGGCGGAAACUCUCGCGUCAAGGCUCUUGAGGCUGCAGCUAGAAAGAAGGAAGCCGACGAAAAGGCGGCACAGAAAAAGCUCGAGCAAAAGCGCGAACUGGAGCGUAAGCGUGCCGAGAAGGCUGAGCAGGAGAAGCGUGCCGAGGAAGAACGCAAGGCUGCCGAGCAACAGCGUAAACGUAAAGCAGUGGAGAAGCAAGCAGCAGAGCAGAGAAAGCGGGAGCAAGAACGUGCUGAGCAGCAGAGACGUGAGCAUGAAAGACUUGAACAGCGCCGUGAACAGGAACGUCUUGAGCAACACCGUCGAGACAUGGAACGUGCGCGUCAAGAAGAAGAAGCACGCAAGGCCAAAGAAGCGCACGACCUGGCCGAGGCUAUCAGACGGGAGCGCGAGCAGAAAAUGCAGGCGCAACCUCGUGGCGACCUACCUGGCACUCUUCGUCAGCUGACCAAGAAUACUGUUCCGGCUGUGAACCCAGCAAAGCCUGCAAAGAGACAGUUGCCAGCUGAAGACGAAGCUCCACAACCGCAGCGGCCAGGCAUGGUACGUGGCCCGCCAUCCUACCAGCAGACAGAUGCAAAACGAAGGAGGACAAAUGAGGAGCAAGAUGACCAGCCUAACCAGCGGAACUCUGUAAUGGCGCCUCCCAAGCGGCCUUCGACGUUGCGAAAGGAAACGAUGGGCAAAUUCUCGGGCUAUACACAUGCGCCUCCCCCUGCCCAGCAUCACGCCAGCAUGUUCAAAGCGACAGUGACAGCUCAGCACCAGAUGCAGCAUAAGCCCACGCAUCCAAGCCAACUCGUGCAAACAUCAAGUGCACGUAUCCCAUUCGCUGAGAGUAGUGCUCCGCCGGCGCCUCAUCAUCUCUCCAGCACGUCUUCGCAUUACGAUGCUACCAAGUUUAAGACUCCCGCGAGGCCCCAGCAGGCUACUAAAUCCGCCAAGACCACACCUCACUACCCACAAGGAGACAACAUUGAGCUACCCGACAUCGCUACUGAUUCUGAAGACGAAGACUCCGAGGACGAAACUAGUGGUUUCCGCGCGCCAUCGUGGACAGCAUCGCCCGCCUUGCGAGAGCUGUUAACCCAGCAGCAGCUAGUUGACCCCGAAGCUGUCUUUGGUCCGAUUCCUGAUCUCAAGAUGGACGAAGUGUUCAAGAACAGCAAAAAUCAAGAACGACUGAAGCGAUUCCGUGAGCGUGGAAGCAGUGCCAUGUGGGUGGAAACUGGAGAUGCCGUGACGAGUGCGGAGAAGAAACGGGAUAUGGAGCUUCGUGAGAGAGUCGUGCGAGAAGGUGGAUGGCGGUACGAGCCUCACGCUUAG